AUGGAUGAGCAGAAGGACCGCCAGGGAGAGAGCCCUCUCCAGGGCCAGAUCAUUGAGGUCUACGCCGAUGUGUCCAACGGGGCGGUCUCCCGUGUGGGGGUGAAGAAGGUCUGCAGCGGCGCCCCCUGUGGUUUCUCUGAGGCCAGUGCGAGCUCCAAGGAUGCGGAGGAGCGGUCCGCCUCGAUGAGGAAGCUCCUCUGGGCAGUCAUCCUCUGCGUCAUCUUCAUGAGCGUAGAGGUCGUCGGCGGGAUCAAGGCCAACAGCCUGGCCAUCCUGACCGAUGCAGCCCACCUGCUGUCUGACGUGGCGGCGUUCGCCAUAUCGCUCUUCUCCCUCUGGGCCGCCGGCUGGGAGGCCACACCGCGCCAGUCCUACGGCUUCUUCCGUCUUGAGAUCCUCGGCGCCCUCGUCUCCAUCCAGCUCAUCUGGCUCCUCACCGGUAUCCUGGUCUAUGAAGCCAUUGUGCGCCUUGUCGGGUCCACCGGCGAGGUCCAUGGGUCCCUCAUGUUCGCCGUCUCCGCCUUCGGCCUGGUAGUGAAUGCCCUCAUGGCCGUCCUCCUCGGCCACGGCCACGGCCACGACCAUGGCGACAGCCACGACCGCGGCCACAGCCACAGCGAGACACACGGCCACACCCAUGCUGUGACCAUUGCCGAGUCGGGUGAGGAGCACGAGCCUCUACUGAGGUGCUCGGAGGAGCUUGCAGCAGGAGAGAGGAAGGUGAAGGAGGAGAAGAGGGGGAACAUCAAUAUGCGGGGGGCGUACCUGCACGUGUUGGGGGACUGCAUACAGAGUGUGGGGGUGAUGAUCGGGGGAGCGGUGAUAUGGUGGAAGCCAGAGUGGAAGGUGAUUGACCUGGUGUGCACGCUGAUGUUCUCAGCAGUGGUGUUAGCCACAACCAUUAGGAUGCUGCGGGACAUCCUGGAGGUGCUCAUAGAGAGCACGCCGCGGGAGGUGGAUGCCACGCGGCUCGAGCUUGGGCUCUGCGCCGUGGACGGUGUGGUGGCCGUGCACGAGCUUCACGUCUGGGCGAUCACCGUCGGCAAGGUCCUCCUUGCUUGCCAUGUCACCGUUACGCCGGCGGCCGACGCGGACCGAGUCCUGGAUGAAGUAAUUGGGUACAUACAACGGGAGUACAACAUCAGCCACAUCACCAUCCAGAUUGAACGCCAGUAG